AUGGACGUCGAGUUUUCUUUUCCGUUGAAAUUCUACCAUGCAUACCUUGAAAACAUAUACGCUCCCCAAGGUCUAAAUGCUUCCUCAAGACAUUUGGAAAAGAUUAAGUGGAGGCGCUUUGGCCCAGAAGCUCAAAUGCAAUUUACUGUGAGAAGAGAAGGAAACUAUACUAUUGUCAAGGUGACACGCAACGGUCAAGCAUUAGACUACGCUCUAGUAAAUUCUAAUGAGGGACGCAAACUAAUACAAUUCUGUGCAAAGAAGCCUUCAAUUUCAUGUAAAUACAUGAUUUCUUCCACACAUAUGAGACGGUUCCAAGUAGCAUUUGACAAUGAUUCAGAUUUUUCGGAUGCCACCAAUAAAAUUAUUGGUUUGGGGCUCAUAGUGGUUAGAGCACAUAUGCCACCUGUAAUCUCACAAUCAGCUGCACCUCCACAGUGUAGCUCUCAAACACCUCUACAGAGCAUGCUAUCACUGCUCAAUCAGAGAGCCACCAAUGACAAUGCCUUUCCACAGUCACAGUUGGUUCCUGAUAUGUCAAUGAACGUUUGGGAAGAACUUGGACCAUUAACGAGAACUGAUGCCAUUUUUACGAGCACUAGAGAGCCAGAUUCAAACCUCGUACAGCUCCAGGAGUCUAGUUCGCUUGAGAAAAUGGUUUCUGAGGAAGGCGUUUCCGGUUUUCCUCGUUUCAAUGAUCCAAUAGCCGCUCCUUCAAUCACGACAGGAAACUGUUUGGCGGUUAAUCCAGCGAUAGAAAUUCUUGCCUCACAACCAUAUGUGAAGUCUACUAUUGAGAACAAAGGACCAAAAGAUCCUCCUUCACCACCUUUGGAGGACAGAAUUACUUUGCCUAAGGGCCUAAUCAAACUCGCCCCAGCACCGCUACCAAUACUGCCAACCGCACCCGCACCUUUAGUCCAGUUCCAGGUACCUCAGUCACCUGAAUCUGCACCUCAUGCAUCGGCAACGCAUUCUCAGAUUCCUAUUCCAGCUUCUGAACCUCACAGUGUCCAUCCCCUCGCAUCGGCGGCAAUUUCUCCACCGAAUCAAGAACAAAACAACGAAACAAACGGCAAACUAAAAAAAACAGAAGACAAUAAUACGAAUGCUACUCUACCUGAAUUGAAAAUCUCCAAAAAACUUAUCAAAAGAAAGCUCAAAGAUAAAAAAUUUUUAAAAUGGGUCUCUAAAGUGGAAAGUGUUCUGAGUGAGAUGGUUGAAAAAACGUCUUAA